ACAUAUUAUCACAUUUCUGUGUCUGCCAUCGCACUGAAUGGACUUGUGACACAUGCAAAAUAGCAAAAAAUCGUGAAAAAAAACACAAACGUCUUCGAGCAGCUCGACGAAAAAUACACAAUUUCCAUUAAAUGGAAGAUAGUUCUGAACGGGAUUCUAAAGGGAGCAGUUGUGACAAAAUCGAUUCCGCAGAAAAUUCAUCAAAAUCACUCGACGAAGCGACAUCGACGACGGAGGAACAACAACAAAAUACAGCUACAACAAAUACAAACAAAACUUGUGGUAGUCAGACUUUGUCAGGAGAAGAGGCAAAAGCUGCUGAGGCAUCAUCAACAUCGACGACUACAACUAAUUUCACAGAGGAGACAAAAGCAAGCGUCCCACGACCACUGAAAUCCAGAAUGCCAAACAUUAAGGUGUUUUCCGGAUCAUCGCAUCCCGAUUUAGCGCAACGCAUUGUCGACCGCUUGGGGCAUGACCUCGGCAAGGUCGUCACAAAAAAGUUCAGCAAUCUGGAAACAUGUGUUGAAAUUGGUGAGUCAGUACGUGGCGAGGACGUUUACAUUGUCCAAUCGGGCUCUGGCGAAAUAAAUGACAACUUAAUGGAAUUGCUAAUUAUGAUAAACGCAUGCAAAAUUGCAUCUGCAUCGCGUGUAACUGCUGUGAUACCUUGCUUCCCGUACGCCAGACAAGACAAGAAAGACAAGGUAAAGAGUGGUGAUGAUAAGCUGGCUAAAUUGAUGAAAUCCAACGAAUGGAAGUUUAGGGCUGAUCAUUAUGUGCCUGAAUAUACUAGCCGUGCACCUAUUUCAGCAAAACUUGUUGCGAAUAUGUUGUCCGUUGCCGGUGCAGAUCACAUUAUUACUAUGGACUUGCACGCCUCUCAAAUUCAAGGUUUCUUCGACAUCCCCGUCGACAACUUGUAUGCUGAGCCGGCAGUUCUGAAAUGGAUUCGGGAGAAUAUCACGGAUUGGCGCAAUGCCAUUAUCGUGUCACCAGAUGCUGGCGGUGCGAAGCGCGUCACAUCAAUUGCCGAUCGCCUCAAUGUCGAGUUUGCCUUAAUUCACAAGGAACGAAAAAAGGCGAACGAAGUGGCUUCAAUGGUUUUGGUCGGUGACGUGAAAGACCGUGUCGCCAUUUUAGUCGAUGACAUGGCAGAUACGUGCGGCACCAUUGUACACGCAGCUGACAAAUUGGUUGAAGCUGGCGCGACAAAGGUCUACGCCAUUUUGACGCACGGAAUAUUCUCGGGGCCCGCCAUCCAACGCAUCAAUGGCGCAUGUUUCGAGGCUGUUGUGGUGACAAACACCAUUCCACAGGACGAACAUAUGCUGAAUUGUCCGAAAAUUCAAUGCAUUGACGUUUCAAUGAUGUUCGCUGAGGCUGUCCGAAGAACCCAUAACGGCGAAAGUGUGUCAUAUCUCUUUUCGAAUGUCCCUUAUUAAAGAUUUUUUGCUCUUUCUUUCUACUGAAUACAUAAAUUUUGAACUAAGGAAGCAUGUCUCUCAUUUUUUUUACAAUUUUUGUUCAAAUUUCUAUAAAUUAAUAUCAUUUAACCCCAGAAAAGACAAGACAGCUUGAAAAAAAGUAGAAAAGAAAUUUUUUGAAAAUCUAAAAAAAAUAGAAUGAAUGAAAAUUGAACGAAUGCUCAAUAAUAACAACUAAAAUUUAUAAUUUUUGUAAAAGAAGUCCUAAUUUUGUAACAUCUUAAAAUAAAAAAAUAAAAAU